GAGCCUAACCAUCGUACAUUCACCAGGCUCUGAGGGACGUUACAACCAUCCAUAAGCAAUUUAGUGACACAGCCCUUCUGAGUAAGACUCAAAACAGUAGUGUUUUUUUCCUGUACUGUAUAUAUACAUAUAUGUUUAGGUUCUUGGUGCAAUUUUCAGUGGUUUUUCUGCAUCUAAGGAAAUUUCGUAUGUGGGCGUUUGCAUGCCUAUAGGAAGUGGCAACAUUCUGGAUGUGUUGCUGAUAAUAGACAUGAAUGCUAUGCCUCCCAGCCAUCCCGUAUUCCAACACUCAGGAGAACGCGUUUAUGAAAACGUGCCCUUUGAAGUCCUUGCUGUUCCUCCUCCACAACCGUUCAUCGAACGUCGCCAUUCAUCUGAGGAGCGAAGCAACUCACGAGGAUAUCUUAGACGGCUUGAUAGCUAUGCAGCUUCAAGUUAUUGCGAACACCCACAUCGACGCAGUUACUACAAUGGAGUGACACCUAAAUCCCGGAGCAUUAUUGAUGUGACCGAGGUCCGGCCAUCGAUGAGCCCAUCACCUGAGCCGCGAAGUGUUGUUCUUAAUUCUGCCAAUCGUUCUCGGCCUCUACAAAGGUAUUACUAUCCGGGAAAAUCUGAGAAGGCAUUUCACAUAGCUGUACCUCAACCCAAAGAGGAUCGAGAGCCCCAAGUAAGCAGGUCGUGCCCCCCAAUACCGACAAUUAAUAUCGAUCAGUUUUACCAGUGGCUUGAGAACAAUGAUUAUAGGCCGAAAUCUCGAACCCACGUUGACUCACAACCGAGCCCUUCGUUAACGCAGUGGGCUAGCACGAACCCGGAGCGCUGUCCUUCACAAGGCUCCAGCAGGUCGAAACAAUAUUUUAGCCCGCCUAGGAUCAAUUACUUGACCAUGCCUCAAGGCAAACGGAACCGUCAUACUAGUGGAGAGAGUAGUAAUACUUCUGGUAGCUGGCCAGAUCUAUCCGAGUUCGCUAACCUUCCACUGACUCCAGCCGAACUUGAAAUCCAUGAGGUAGCCGAAGCAUUGAACUCAAUCGGUAGUGAUCGUCGUCACACUGAGUCGUGCCCUUCGCAGAGUGUCUCCUCACUCAACGACAUUUCUGGCAACUUCUUGACAGCGGACAGUGACGGUGGAGGAAGUGUACGCCAGAUCGACAGUGUGGACAGCUGCUCAAAUCUCAGUGAUACUAACGUCAGUUUUGUCACCGGCUACGAAAGUAUCGAGCCUGAAUACUACAUGGCCAGGGAGGAUGGACGAUCUAGUGACACUAGUGGCAGCUAUGUCAACGUGGAUACCAGUGAUAUGCUUGCCUCACGGGAUCGUACAGAUGAUAUCAGUGACCUGUUACGGAUGAUCGAGAUGCUUGAAAGUCGUUGUACGAUGUUCCUCGACGACCUGCUGCCAUCGCCGAGCUCGAUUCCUGUACCCAGAGUCACCUCUCAACGAUCUCCUUUACGGACGCACACGUUCAGUUUUGGAUUUCAUAGUCCCCGGUCACUCGGUAUGAAGGUCUCUGGGGGUUUCGAUACAGAGUUUCCUGUAGCUGUUGUUAGCGUCGAAGAGACGUCGCCUGCACAUGGUCGUAUCAAGGAAGGUGACCUUCUUUGGAGUCUUGAUGGCGUACAAUUGCAGGGUCUUGACCAUCAACAGGUGGUGCAGCAAUUAUCUAAUAUCUGUGUUCAGCGGGCUGAAGUUACUCUUGUCGUGCUUCCGUAUCAGGGUCGUAGCCUCGAAUUAUCAAUGGCGAAGUUACAAGGUGUGGUAGAAAGGCAAACCCUUAGGGCGAUGUAUUAUCGAGUUCCUAGAUCGUAUCCCGGCUGCACGAUCAAGGCGUCUCUGGCAAACCCCAAAAAGAAUCGUUAUAGUGACAUCAGUGCUUACGAUUCUACACGUGUAAUUCUUACACCAACAGAAUUCAACGGACAAAGCGAUUACAUCAAUGCCAACUACGUAAACAUGUCUAUCCCGGGGACACAGGUAAUUAAUCGUUAUAUUGCAACCCAGGGUCCGAGGUCGACGACAGUCGAGGAUUUUUGGCAGAUGGUUUUGGAACAAGGUUGUCAGUUGAUUGUCAUGCUUACCCCACUACAGGAGGGAAACACCCCAAAGUGUCACAAGUACUGGCCUGAUCAGGACACUCCUUUGAGGGUGAAUUGCCUUCGCGGAUGGGACGUAUGGCAGACCGGUAAAACCCAGGGAUCUGCCUGGAUAACUCGGCAGUUCAGGCUUCGUUGCGAAGCCAGUAAUGAAGAACGCCUAGUUAAACACCUUCAAUACACUACGUGGCCUGACCAUGGAGCUCCGCGUGACUCGCGGGACUUCAUCGAUUUCGUGCAUCUAGUUCGCGAUAUUCGCUCUGAAGCACCACUGGCUCCCGUAAUCGUGCAUUGUAGUGCCGGUAUUGGACGGACAGGGGUGUUGAUUAUGAUGGAAACGGCCAUGUGCUUAAUCGAAUUCGGAAAGGCGGUAUGGCCCGAAGAGAUGCUUCGGACAAUGCGAGAGCAACGUGCUGGAUUGAUUCAAGCUGAGAUACAAUUUUCAUUCGUGGUCGGUGCAAUCCUCCGAGUGUUUUUCGAUGGCGAAGUCCUACCGAAAAACGUCUAGUCCUGUCUGCAUGAACGUCGCUAUCGAAAGGGUCAUCAUAUGUGCGUGGCCAGGACGCUCUUUCUUUCAGUAACAACUACAUCAUGCAUAAAAGUUAACACACUUCGAUAUAUAUAUAUAGACGCACAAUAUCUAUUGUCGUCAAUAAACCGCCAAAUUUUUUUUUAUCAUUUAGCUAGCCAAGAGGAGCGUUUGCCGUUGGUGUUGACGUCAAGUUUCUUUAGCCAACCAUAACAAAAUUCUUCAAACAAAAAUACUUGUAUGUGUUUCUUUAUAUAAUAAUGUAACAAGACUGAAUCUGAAUAGAAGAGAUGCGAGAGGAUGAAUGCGAUAACGUGAGGAACAGUGAGCUAGCAUGGCAUAGAAAGCCUAUAUAUUAAUAGAAAGACAAACGAUUCUGUUGGAAAUCGGGAAAUCCCCGAUUUUCGAGCGCGCCAUGUAGAUAUACAUAACACGACUGCCUAAGCUUUCCUAAAACAAACUAAAAAUAGCUGCAGAUGUAAAGGUAAGCUUCUUUUUGUCUGUACGAUCUUCGAUA